UGUCAGCCUGGUGUGGAAAGGCUGGUUAUGCUAGGCAGUAUAAAGGCUUGGGAAAGAGGAAAGGCGAGGAGGAGUAGGGGAGUUGGUAUUUCUUCUGUGAUCGCACUAAAUUGCUGGGUGCUUUCUGUACAGGCAGGGGGCUCAACCAUGGUGUGGUUCCCAGUACAGAGGUUAAUGCAGCCUGAAAAGGGCUGCAAGUUCUGUUUCUUUCGGAAAUUGUCCAUUCAGCCUGUUCAACAGAGGAAGAUUCCAAAUAGAUACCUAGGUCAGCCUAGUCCUUUCACACAUCCACAUCUUCUCAAGCCAGGAGAAGUAACACCAGGGUUGUCACAAGUGGAAUAUGCUCUCCGUAGACACAAACUGAUGGCUCAAAUACACAAAGAGGUGCCAAGAAUGGACCAUACAGUGAUUCUGCUAUCCAAUCCCACCUACUACAUGAGCAAUGAUAUUCCAUUCACCUUUCACCAGGACACGAACUUUCUCUAUCUAUGUGGGUUCCAGGAGCCUGAUAGUAUCUUAGUUCUGCAGAGUGUGCCUGGGAAACCCUUGCCAUCCCACAAAACCCUGCUCUUUGUCCCACGACGGGAUCCAAGCAGAGAGCUAUGGGAUGGGCCUCGAUCUGGUACUGAUGGGGCAAUGGCUCUCACAGGUGUUGAUGAAGCAUAUACUAUAGAAGAAUUUAGGCACCUGGUUGCUAAACUGAAAGAUGAAUCUAAAAUGGUUUGGUAUGAUUAUGCUAAGCCUGUGCAUCCACAACUCCAUUCUGAGUACCUGCUGCACAUGGCUGAGAUCAAAGCUAGAAGCAAAAACCGUAUCCAAGCCAUCAGGCAUCUAGUGCAAAACUUACGGUUGAUCAAAUCUGCUGCGGAGAUUGAAAGGAUGAAGAUUGCUGGCAAGUUGACAUCACAGGCAUUCAUAGAAACAAUGUUUGCAAGCAAAGCCCCAGUAGAUGAAGCAUUUCUCUAUGCCAAGUUUGAAUUUGAAUGCCGAGCUCGUGGUGCUGACAUUUUGGCUUAUCCCCCAGUAGUUGCAGGUGGCAACAGAUCCAACACCUUGCAUUAUGUGAAAAAUAACCAGCUUAUCAAGGAUGGAGAAAUGGUUUUAUUGGAUGGGGGAUGUGAAUCCUCCUGUUAUGUAAGCGAUAUCACCCGCACCUGGCCCAUCAAUGGCAGGUUCACCAGUCCCCAAGCAGAGCUGUACCAGGCUGUACUGGAAGUACAGAAGUCCUGCUUGAAGCUCUGUUCUCCAGGUGUGAGCCUAGACAACAUCUACAGUCUCAUGCUGAACCUCAUUGGACAGAAGCUGAAAGAUUUGGGGAUCCUCCAGAAAAACAUCACUGAGAACCAUCUUUUCAAGGUCUAAGUGGGAUGUGUCCUGUAAAAACAAGCCCUGGCAGCACUGCCUUUUUCAUCCAGCAGAUGGCAGAACAUUCAGAUUGCUCAAGGCAUGCAAUUGUUUAACUCUUUGACAAGUGUCAGGAGAAGAGAUGAGACCAUACUAAUUUGUCACUGAGAUCAACAGACGGAGCUGCUAGACUGAGGGAGGAAAGUGCCUCAUUUUGAAAUGGAGGUCAAAGUUAUGGGAGACAUUUUAUCCUCAUCAAAAGUGGCAAACUAGCUAUUCUGGAAGUGUCUGUUAAUGAAUCACUUUGAUUAUGUUUAGCUGAGUAAUGCAACUUGCAGUAGGUGUGUUUUCCUUGCUUUGUUCUCUGAUGGACAGAUAAAAGUACAAAUAGUAUUUCAGCAGAGUGUACAUUUAAUCACCUCUCCUUGGAACGUUUAGAGUGAUCAGACAUGCACGGUAAAAACAGCCAUAUUUCAGAAGUAAAUUUAAAUUCCUUUUUCAAAGCAUAGGAAAAGUGCAAAUAAUAAAGAGAUCUUGAUAUGUGUCUUUACCAAAAUAUAUCCUCUCAAUGAAUACAUAGGAGGGGGCUUUAACUCAGUUACAGAGCACAUGUUUUGUAUCAUCAUUAUUAUUGCUAUGCAUAUAGACCCUGUCUUUCUUACUCUUGUAAGGAACCUGAAGUAUGCCUACAAGGUUUUCCUCCUCUCCAUUUUAUGCUCACAACAACAGCCCUGUGAGGUAGAUUAGGUUGAGAGUCAGUGACUAGCCCAAUGUCACCUUAGAGAACUUCAUGGCCUAGUAAGGACUAGAAUCCGGAUUUCUGAGUCCCCAGACCAAUACAGUAAUCACUGUGCCACACUGACUCUUUGCAUGUCAGAUAGCGCCAGAUUUUCUGCCCUUAAGAUUUCCAGAUAGGGCUAAGAAAGACCUUUGUCUGGAAUGCCACGCAAUAUAAGCAAUAGCAAACUAGAUGAAACAACACUGUAAUUCGGGCUAAGGCAGCAUCUAUUGUUAUGUUAAUAGAGAUGAUGCAUCAAAAUCUAUUUUAGGUGGCAAAGGCAGAAAAGGGUUAUCUUUUAUGGUAAGUAAGGCAUAAAGGUAUGAUGUCCAGCCAGGGUACUACUGUAAUUUAAUGUGUCUAAUAGGACCUUGGUGUGGGCAAUAUGUAGUGAGCCUAGCAUGAGGAGUGACAUUGCCAUAAUAAUACUAUAACACAGUGGUAACUGUGUGUCUUUGUAUGCACAUACUACUGUGAGUGAAGAUUGUGAAAGCAAGACAGUAUAUGGUGGGUCAAAGACAUGUGAGACUCUAGAAUAUGAUUCCAUAUAUGGCUUCCCAACCCUUUAUACCAGUGGGGACUGGCUGAAGAUUGUUGGAAGUUGUAAAACUGCUUUCUAUCCAAACAUGCAUAGGAUUGUGUCUUAAAUCAGGGUACAAUUCUUUUCUAGAUUUAUCCAGAAUAACUACAACCCCCGAUUCUAUAGUCAGUCACUAAUAUGGGUCAGGCACCUCACCAUCUACAUGCUGCAUGCUCUGAAAGAAUUAAAAUAAUCCAGCAUAUUGACCUGUCUCAUGAGCUGUAGAGACAGAGCUUAUGCCAUGCUACCUCUUAAAUGAAGGAAUGUGUGGAAUCUAGCCCACCACAGCCUGGAAUAGCCUAAAGAAGGAAAAUGACAGUUAAAAGAAGUCACAGCCAUGAUUAGAGAUUUCCCUCAAUGCUCACCCAGUUUCAGGGGUAGGAAGGGAGCAGUGGGGAAGUAUUAGAUACAGUCCAUAGCUACUGUGUCGUAUGCUGUUGCCCUUCCUUGAGACACUGUAGAAAUUGGGGGAAGAAGCUUUUUAGAGGGAUUUGUGUACUGAAGAGGGGCAUGUGCUUGUAUAAUUCCUCCUCCACCCCUCUUCUGGGAAAAAUGAGUCCAUGGAGUGACUUCUGCUCUUUCCUAUUCCCCUACUACUGCCUGCAUUGAAUAGUGGAGGAAGGUGGUAAGCUUGGUAUCACCCAGUUUGCUGUUAAGAGGGUGUCACAGGCUGAACUGCCACAGUGAAUCAGAUAAGUGAUCCUCCAGCACAGAACACAUGGCUGCCAGCAAUGACCAGGACGAUGUUUCAGGGUGGUCACAACCACAGGAAGCAUGAAACUACUGAGGCACGAAACAGCAUCUCAAAAUGAAUGCACCACAUUUGGUUCUCACAGCCAGUCCCUACUACACUUCAAGCACUGAUCUAGUUUGUUUAAAGGCCAUUGAGCUACUUGCCAUCACAGCAACAGUAAAUUGUAAAUUGUAAUGGUUGAUUAUGUGUUGUAGAAGAGGUGCUUCCUUUUUAUCUUAAACUAGCUGUCUAAGGAUUUUGAGGCAGGACUUCAAACAUUUUUGCAUUCUGAGUAGGUUCAGAUGCAAUAAGGCAAAUGAGAAUUCCCUACCUUUUUUCUUUGCAUUCUGUCUCCUAAGUUCUUGCCCUCCUUCCUUCAGAAUAUAAAAAUGAGCAGUAACAGUUGCUCACCUAACUAGAAAACAUAGAGAUUGAAAGGAGACUCAUCAUAUUUCUGAGGAUGCUAGGAACAAGGAACAAUGAGUGGAGAUGGGUGGAGCCAGGGGUCAGUCUAGAAUCUAGACUCUAGAUGGCCCGGGAGACCCUUUCUGACUCACUCUGUUUCUAUGUCUACAAACCUAUUGUAGUUAUAUAUAAGCAAGAAAACACUUGUGUAUUUAAGUUUCAAUGUACGUUUUCUUUAUCAGACGCUAUGCUGAAAAAGUUUAUCUACCUUGCAUCCCUCCACAUUUUGUUUGCUUUAGGAGCAUGUUUAUUGCU